GCCGGCCCCAGCUCCCCGCGUGCCAGCUCGGCUCCGGCUGCCUCGUGCUCCCACAGGCUCCUGAGAGGCAGUGGGCAGCGCCGCGGGAGGUGCGGGUCCCUGCCCCGCGGGGCCGGAAGCCCCCCGAGGGGCACGUGGUGUGCGGCUCACUGGGAAAGGAAGCCACGGGAAGAAGCUGCCCAAGUGACUAAUCCCGGAGAUGCCCUUUCCCACGGCGCUGCGGAGCUGCCGGGAGCCUCCCCCCAGGUCCUCUGCGCCCUGAAUCCUCUCUAGCCACGGGAGGCGGUGGGGCAGCGCUGGCUCUCUGGGGGCCUGGCCCGGGAUCCUUUUUCCAAACCCUCCGGAAGAUUUUUGCGCGUUGGGAGCCGAACCCAGAGCGUGCGAGAGUGCGUGCAGGGCAGGACUCGGGCGCAUCUCCUGGGCGCCGUGGAGCUCCGGGGGCUCUGAGGGAGGCUCCCCAGAGGCAAGGUAGGUGGCAGGGGCGCAGUUGGAUGGAUGGGGCUCGACUGGAGUCAGGAUCAGGUCUGCUCAAGUCUUGGCGAUCUUCACUUUUCAGGGCUUUCGGGGAGCUGCCGCGGAGCCGGGCUGUGAGGAGCCAGGCAUGUAUUUUCAGCUGCGCCUCAGCCCCGAAACGUGACUGGGAGUGACUAGCUGGGCAGAGGCCUCCCGUCUCUGGACUGCUAGCUUAGAAUAUGCUAAGAAGCCAAUGCCGCCCAUGGGGAAUUGAAGGGCCGGCCGGUGUCAGUGACAGUGACAGUGACCCGGAGCGAGGGGGUCAGAAGACAGAUGUAGAGAGCGAGAGGGACUUUCCCAGGGGAUGGCCCGGAUCGCGGAGGGCAGGCUGCUGCCACGCCACGGCUGCAGCCCUCUGAUGGAGUUCCGGUGAGGCCUGCCCCCGGGGGAGCAAGCGGGACCCUGCACGGGGCUGCCGGGUGACUGAGGACUCCCAGGGGUCUGGCUACUCCUGCCCCCUCCCCUGGCCCCUGCUAGGGAACUUGAGGCACGCCACAGCCCCCCCACCCCGGGCACGCUCCCCCAGCAGCAUGAGGACUCUGAACGCUUCCACCAUGGACCGGGCCGGGCUGGUGGUCAAGAGGGACUUCUCCUUCCGCGUCCUCACGGCCUGUUUCCUGUCGCUGCUCAUCCUGUCCACGCUCCUGGGGAACACGCUGGUCUGCGCGGCCGUCAUCCGGUUCCGGCACCUGCGGUCCAAGGUGACCAACUUCUUCGUCAUCUCCCUGGCCGUCUCGGAUCUGCUGGUGGCCGUCCUGGUCAUGCCCUGGAAGGCGGUGGCCGAGAUCGCUGGCUUCUGGCCCUUCGGGUCCUUCUGCAACAUCUGGGUGGCCUUCGACAUCAUGUGCUCCACCGCGUCCAUCCUCAACCUCUGCGUGAUCAGCGUGGACCGGUACUGGGCCAUCUCCAGCCCCUUCCGGUACGAGAGGAAGAUGACCCCCAAGGCAGCCUUCAUCCUGAUCAGCGUGGCCUGGACGCUGUCCGUGCUCAUCUCCUUCAUCCCGGUGCAGCUCAGCUGGCACAAGGCCAAGCCCACGGGCCCCGCCGAUGGCAACGCCACGUCCCCGGGCGAGACCACGGACAACUGUGACUCCAGCCUGAACAGGACCUAUGCCAUCUCCUCCUCCCUGAUCAGCUUUUACAUCCCCGUGGCCAUCAUGAUCGUCACCUACACCAGGAUCUACAGGAUCGCCCAGAAACAGAUCCGGCGCAUCUCAGCCUUGGAGAGGGCGGCGGUCCAUGCCAAGAACUGCCAGGCCGCCCCGGGGGCCGGGAAGCCCGCGGAGUGCGCGCAGCCGGACAGCUCCUUCAAGACGUCCUUCAAAAGGGAGACCAAGGUCCUGAAGACGCUGUCCGUGAUCAUGGGCGUGUUCGUGUGCUGCUGGCUCCCGUUCUUCGUCCUGAACUGCAUGGUGCCCUUCUGCGGGUCCGGGGAGACCCAGCCCUUCUGCAUCGACUCCCUCACCUUCGACGUGUUCGUGUGGUUCGGCUGGGCUAACUCCUCCCUGAACCCCAUCAUCUAUGCCUUUAAUGCCGACUUUCGCAAGGCGUUUUCCACGCUCCUAGGGUGCCACAGGCUGUGCCCGGCGACGAGCAACGCCAUAGAGACGGUCAGCAUCAACAACAACGGGGCGGUGGCCGUCUCCAGCCAUCACGAGCCCCGGGGCUCCAUCUCCAAGGACGGCAACGCGGUCUACCUGAUCCCGCACUCCGUGGACUCCUCCGAGGACCUGAGGAGGGAGGAGGCCGGCGGGAGGGCCAAGCCCUGGGAGAGGCUGUCCCCGUCCCUGUCUGUCAUUUUGGACUAUGACACGGAUGUCUCUCUGGGGAAGAUCCAGCCCCUCACGCAAAACGGGCAGCACCCCACCUGAACCCUGAGAGGAACCCUCCCCGCCCCGGCCAGGGUCAUCCCUGAAGCCGGAGGCGGUCUCUCUGGGGCUGGCUGUUAAGACCCUGAGGGGAGCCCCAGACGCCAGGUGAGCCCUCCUCCGCUGCCGGUCCUCCCACACACAGCCGGCCGUGUUUCCCGUGUUCUUCCUCGUGAGUCCGAGGGCACGCGUGUGAAGCAAGUGUCCCCGGGGGGCCAUGUCCUGGGCUCCAAAAUCACUUCUCCAAACUGAUUCUCAUCCUAGGACUCAAACUAGGGCAAAGAACCAACCAGGGUCAGCGUCACUCACACGCCCCUGACCCUUUCUGGACGGGCGUGAGGAGGGGGAGGGGGCUGUGGACAAACAGGUGCUAACCCUGGGCCGGGCGGAGCUGUCAGGUGGGAAAGGCGGGCGCAUGCCCCCCGGGCAUGGUGUCGAAGAGAGAGCUGAGCCUUACCGUGCGAGUGGCGUGGUGUUUUUCAGAGCCGGGAGAUGCUUGGUGGAUACUGGUUUUAUUUAUUUAUUGUAUUAUAUGGAUAUUUUAAACUUACUAGAGUACAUCUAUAUUUAUCCUAUUUAAUAGUAUACAGUAGUGAGUUAUCGGAGACUUUACAGUCACGUUUUUGUCCAUUUAACUAGCACUUUACAAGCCAGCGAGACGAGAUGCCCUGAGACCCUAGCUGCUCAGGCGUCUCUGCCGGGAGCGCGGGGAAGACCGCUAGGGAACCGGGUUGUGAUGACUCCUUAGCGGCCCUCGUCGCAAUAAAACAGGAGGCGAGAGCUGAGAAAUGCUGUGAAUGUUUUUUUCUUUCUAAACAAUUUGAAAGACUUCUCUUUUUUAAAAAGCAUAGUUCCUAUUGGACUCAAAGGUUUUUUUUUUUUUUUUUUAAAUGACUAAGCCAUUCCCAGGAGAGUAAUUUCCAGUGCUGUAAAUAUCUUUUUAAAAAGCCAGCGUACAAAGAACCUAACUUGAAAUGCAUCGUCUUAGGUGUGAUAAGAGCGAGGCACCACUUUGUAUUUAUGUAAAAUAGCAGGCCCUCUCCAUCUUUCCUUACUCCACGGGUCGGGUAGCUUUUCGGAGCCGAGCCACAGCUGCUCUGGUUUGGUCUGUGCAGGGCAGACAGCGGGUCUCCUUAACCCUCGAGUCACCACGGCCUCAGCAGGGGACAGAGGUCGGACCCUGCGCCUGCUCCUCAGCAGGUCAAGCCAAGCCAGGGCUACUUUCCGUGGGGCUGUCAUCCGAAUUUAGAGCUCUUUCUCUUUCUCUUUCUCUAAAGUCUCAGUGGUAAAGGUGGACUAACAAAUAGUGCCUCGUGGUCCCCCCCCCCACCAGGGAGAUGCUGCUGUCAGGAAAAACAGGGAGCCCCUCCCCUCGGGGGGGUGAAGCACCCCAAAGCCGCCAGCAUCUCCCUAGACAAACGUGAACCCCCUCUCUGCUUUGGACUUGCGUCCCCCUGCCAUCACCAGGCCUGGACAAAGUAUCCCCAUCACCCUCGAGAGCUACAAAUCCAGGGGAGGUGGGAAUGCAUUUCAAGGGGAUUUCUUUGAAACGUUGACAAAGUUUUCUUGUGGGGAAGCAAUUUACUUCUCCUGUGGAUGGACAGGGUCGCGGGGAAAAAAAAAGCUGCUGACAGUGAUCUCCGGCAUCCGGCCCCUGUGAUGUAAUGCAUUGUGAAUGUUUCUUAAUGCUGCUGCCUGUACGCUUUCUUACACACAAUAAAAUUAUUUUCUGAACGCAAACCGACCCUGAAUGGGCUGUGUCGCAUAUUUUUUUUAAAAAUGUGUUUUACACACAAAAACUUUUCAGACCUCAGAAAACAUGGGCAUUUUCAAGUAUAGGCUACUUUCUUCUUGUUAAUGUACAGCAUGCAUUGCCUUUGAAUGUUUAAGCAGGAGAGGCUUUUGACUUGGGCUGUAUACUCUUGUUUCCUUCCGUCUUAAAGACGUUUUUAUUUUUUUUAAAAGAAAGCCUUCUUCACUUGUAGAGAGGAAUCACUGUAUUUUUCAUUGCACAGAUUUGAAACAUUGCUAAAAAUCUCCUCCUUUGCUUUCAACGUGCCCAAGGACUUUAAGUGAUGCAAAAAUUAC